CCUUCCCGCAUAGUAUUGAUUGCCUGUUGGGGAAAAGAUGGCCUGGAUGCCUCAUGGCGCCCCGCCGGGCGGGUGGCCUUUAUGCCUGAGGCACUACACUACCAUAAGGUGGGGUUGAAACUUCCAUCAAUAGCAGAUGCAUGGCCGGUUUCCGAUCAUCCCACGGUGCAUAACGUCUCCAUCUUUGAGUUCAAUUUCAGACAACUUGACUCCAGGAACUCAUUGCAGAUCUCGUCUGGGCUCAAUCUCUAGUGAAUUUCCCCGCGAAGACCGCAUCGAUCAAGCAGAACCCCUUUCACAGACCGUCGAUCAACGAGACCAGCAAUAACCAUGGCCGAUGCAGAGUUGGAAGAGAUCAGACGAGCCCGCAUGGCUCAGCUCCAGCAGCAGAGCGGUGGUGCACGCGGCGGGCCAGGUGACAACCAAGAAGAUCAGAGAAAACAAGCUGAAGCCGAACGCCGUUCCUCCAUUCUGAACCAGAUCCUCGAACCCGAAGCCGCUGACCGCCUGGGCCGCAUUCGCCUGGUCAAGGAAUCGCGCGCAAUGGAUGUGGAAAACCGCCUGAUCAUGCUCGCACAGACCGGCCAGUUGCGCCAGAAGGUGUCGGAGGACCAGCUCAAGCAGCUGCUCAACGCCAUGGCCGAGAACCAGCGCAAGGACGAGGAGGAGCAUAAGAUUGUGAUCAACCGGCGCAAAGGCGGCUGGGAUGACGACGACGACCUGCUGGACUUGUAAAUUGACAACAAAUUGUUGAACUGUUAUUAGCGAGAGACGUGCGACGUCCGCAGGUGAUGAUGGUCAUUUGCAGUCUUUUUAUGAUA